AUGACGGAAAGCGAAGUACAACAAACAAACACGCCAAACAGCAAAAUAAAGAAAUUUCGAAAACGUAUAUUUCAUCCUAUAACAAAAAAGAAUAAAGAUGAACAACAAACAAGUCUUUUACAAGAAAAAAAGAACAAAACUGAGAAACCUAUUCGAAAUGAAGAUUAUGAAGCAACUGGUUUCGUUAUUGAUCCACAAGAUCAUCUCUAUCAAUAUUGGCUUGGAAUUAUUUCACUUGCUAUCUCGUAUAAUUUUCUUUUAAUACCAGCUCGUUAUGCAUUUACUGAACUUGAUAAAAACUAUCGAUAUAUUUGGAUUUCAUUAGAUUAUAUAUCUGAUUUUAUUUAUUUAAUCGAUAUUUUUCUACAAUCGAGAACAGGUUAUUUUAGUCAUGGUCUUUUUGUUCGUAAUCAUCAUGUAUUACAACGUAAUUAUUUUUUAUCACGACAAUUUUUUGCAUAUGAUCUUCUAUCUAUCAUACCAACGGAUUUUUUAUAUUUCAUUCCGAGCUUUCGUUUCGUUUCAAUUAUUCGUUCGAAUAGAUUUAUAAGAGUUAAUCGACUUUCACAAUUUCAAGAAUUAACAGAAUCACGUACGAGAUUUCCCAAUGCAUUUCGAAUUGGCGUACUUAGUUGUUUAACAUUAACAUUGAUUCAUUGGAAUUGUUGUGCUUAUUUUCUUAUUUGUGAACAUUUGGGUUUUGGCAGUGAUGAAUGGGUAUUACCAGCUUCGGCUCAUAAUGAAACAGUUGCAAUGCUUUAUACUUAUUGUUUUUAUUGGUCAACACUUUUAUUAAGUACAAUCGGAGAUGUUCCAUUACCUGUUACAAGAUCAGAAUAUCUAUUUGUAUUGUUUGAUUAUAUGAUUGGUAUACUUAUAUUUGCCACUAUUAUUGGUAAUCUUGGUACAAUGAUAUCAACUCAAAAUCAAUCGCGACAGCAAGUUCGUGAAAAAAUGGAUGAAAUAAAACGUUAUAUGAAAUUUCGUUCAGUUAAUCGAAAACUUGAAUCAAAAGUUAUAAAAUGGCUUGAUUAUUUAUAUAUGAAUCGACAAGUAUUAAAUGAAGAAAUGGUUUUAAAUUCUGAUUUAAGUAUUGAAUUACGUAAAGAUCUUGCUAUUAAAGUACAUUUAGAUUCAUUACAACAAGUUAAAUUAUUUAAUGAUUGUGAACCAAAUUUACUUGUUGAACUUGUAACAAAAUUAAAACCAACAUUUUUUGGUCCAGGAGAUUAUGUUUGUCGAAAAGGUGAUAUUGGAAAAGAAAUGUAUAUUAUUAAACGUGGACAAUUAGGUGUGGUUAGUGAUGAUGGAAAAACAACAUUUGUUGUACUUAAAGAAGGUGCUGUAUUUGGUGAAAUAUCAAUAUUAAAUAUUCCAGGUUCAAAAAAUGGUUCUCGUCGUACAGCUAAUGUAAAAUCUUUAGGUUAUUCUGAUUUAUAUACAUUACAAAAAGAUGAUUUAUGGCUUGUACUUGAUAAUUAUCCUGAGUCAUUAGCAAAAAUAAUUGAAAAAGGUAAAUCAAUAUUACGUAAAGAUAAUCUUCUUGAUGAAACAUUAACCGAUAAAAAACGACAUAUUGAACAAGAUCAAUUAUUAAGUGUACAAAAUCGUAUUAAAAAAUUAAAUGAUAUUGAUCAAUCAUUAAAUGAUCGUGUCACAAAAUUUCUAAAUACAUAUGUUGAUUCUGUUAGAUUAUUUAAACAACAAUUAUCAAAAUUAGAAUAUCAUUAUGGAGCAAGAAAACCAAGUAUAUCAAUAACAUCGAGUGUUCCAUCAUCAACACCAUCACUCCCAUUUUUUGCUAAUCAAUGGAAACAACAAAGUGCAAGUAAUAUACUUAAAUAUCGAAGUUCAUCAUUUUUAGAUGUUGAUUAA